GCGGGCGGCGCCGGCGGGCGGGCGAGCGAGGGCCCGGCGGAGUGGCUGGACGGAGGCAUGAGCCCGCGGCUACGUGGUGGGGCCCGGUAGCACGCUGUGGGACGGGAGUGCGCGCCCACACAUGGUGUGGCCCCGCGGUGACCGGAGCAGCCCGGGCCGCCAGCAUGAUGAAGUUGUUGGUGGCCAAAAUCCUCUGCAUGGUGGGCGUGUUCUCGUUCAUGCUGCUGGGCUCCCUGCUGCCCGUGAAGAUCAUCCAGACGGACUGGGAGAAGGCCCGUCGCUCCAAAAAGAUCCUCUCACUCUGCAACACCUGUGGAGGUGGGGUCUUUCUGGCCACGUGCUUCAAUGCUCUCCUGCCGGCUGUGAGGGAGAAGCUGCAGAAAGUCCUGAGUCUCGGGCACAUCAGCACUGACUACCCACUGGCCGAGACCAUCGUGAUGCUGGGUUUCUUCAUGACCGUCUUCCUGGAGCAGCUCGUCCUGACCUUCCGCAAGGAGAAGCCGUCCUUCAUCGACCUGGAGACCUUCAACGCCGGCUCAGACGCUGGCAGUGACUCGGAGUACGAGAGCCCCUUCAUGGGGGGUGCGCGGGGCCACGCGCUCUACGCAGAGCCCCACCCCCACGCGCACGGGCUGAGCGUCCAGGAGCUGUCGCGCUCCAGCCCGCUGCGGCUCCUGAGCCUGGUGUUUGCGCUGUCCGCGCACUCCGUCUUCGAGGGCCUGGCCCUGGGCCUGCAGGAGGACGGAGAGAAGGUGGUGAGCCUGUUCGUGGGGGUGGCCGUCCACGAGACGCUGGUGGCCGUGGCCCUGGGCAUCAGCAUGGCCAGGAGCGCCAUGGCCCUGAGGGACGCGGCCAAGCUGGCUGUCACCGUCAGCGCCAUGAUCCCCCUGGGCAUCGGCAUCGGCCUGGGCAUCGAGAGUGCCCAGGGGGUGCCCAGCCGCGUGGCCUCGGUGCUGCUGCAGGGCCUGGCGGGCGGCACCUUCCUCUUUGUCACCUUCUUCGAGAUCCUGGCGAAGGAGCUGGAGGAGAAGAGCGACCGUCUGCUCAAAGUCCUCUUCCUGGUGCUGGGCUACGCCGUCCUGGCCGGCAUGGUCUUCCUCAAGUGGUGAACGGCCUGUCGCCCGCCUGCCGGACGCAGGCACCCCCCGCCCCCCUCCCCCCAAGCAGGGGAGCGCAGGCCCCUGGCGGCCACCUGUGCCCAGAGGGGCCGCGCCCUGGAUCCGACACCCUCAGCCUGGGGCACAGCGACUACUUUUAAAAAUACUUCUCUUAAAAUUAUUUCACAAA